AUGUCGCAAUCACCAAAAACGAAGGCCAAACAGCUACGAGAACCUCCCCCAUCCCUGUUUCUUGGGCCUCCCUCCCAAAAUGCAUCUCAUGUAUCCCUUCCAGGGGUUACAGCAGUCCAACCUCCCAACCCCUCCUCCUUGAACCCAUCUCGAGCGCCCCUCAUCCGCCAGCGUUCUCAACGUAUGCCUGGAAGAACCAAUCUCGAUGGUCCACCAGACACAGCUUCUGUUGCGGCAUUGCCCCGUCCAGCUCUCCCUCGGCGGCAGCAAAUCUCAGAGGGCAAGAAGCAGGCGGACAGAACAGAUGCGCUUUGGGCGGAGAUGCAGACUACGUUGGAGGAGGUGGAGUUGAACGCUGUUAGUGGCACGCAUGUAUUUGGUGCUGAGCACAGUAAAGCUCUGGAGGGGUUGAGAGCUGCGCAAAUAGAGCUUGCACAAGCUUGGGCGAGGAGCGAAGCUGAUGAAGCUAUUGAGAGUACAGACAAGGGCAGUAAGUCAGUUGGAGGAAAGGGCCUGGCACUCGGAAGUGAAGGUAGGAGUGCACUAGAUACACUAGGGAGCACCGUUCCCAGUGCGAGUGGCAGACCAGGAAGCAGUGGUAUUGCUGUAGGUACAGCGCAUUCGAUGGGAAGCAAGAUGGAAGAGGAGACCGAAGCAGAUAUUCUGUUGGCUAGGAAGAGGAGAGAGGCCAACGACCGGUAUUUCCAGAGGGUCAACGAAGGCGUACUUGAUGUGGUUGCUAAAUUAGAAGAAGUUGCCAACGCCAUGAAAGCAGUUGAGCAAGAGAGUAGGGAUAUCUGGGGUGAGAAUGACAGUGCAAGGACAAGUCUUCAUGAAUAA